UCCCAAAAUCCCUCCUCCCUCUCACACUACCUUCAACGUCAAACAGGCAGCCCAGGGGGAACUUGAAACAGUCUGACGGACAAAGGGGGAAAAGUCAUGCAGUCACUCCUGGGCGCAACAGAUAUUCAAUGCAAAGUAUGCGAUUUACAGUAGUUCAAGUGUUUAUCGAGUUUUUUAGCGAACGAUAUGCUACUGAAAGUAUAGUUUGCGGAGUUGCACACGGAAUUUACAAGGACAAUGCAGACGAGUAGAAGAAGUUUGUGUCUCUUUUUUGCACUGACGUUGCCGUGCUGUUUCGUGGCGUCUGGACAAUAUCACGGAGAUAAUGGAAUAGCUUUCCCAGACCAUGGAUUCUGUCAGCCGAUAACCAUCCCUCUGUGCACGGACAUCGCUUAUAAUCAGACUAUAAUGCCAAACUUGGUUGGACACUAUAACCAAGAGGAUGCCGGUUUGGAGGUUCACCAGUUUUACCCGCUGGUCAAGGUACAGUGCUCUUCCGAACUCAAGUUCUUCCUGUGCUCCAUGUAUGCACCCGUGUGUACAGUUUUAGAGAAAGCCAUCCCUCCGUGUCGCUCCAUUUGCGAGAGAGCAAAGCACGGUUGCGAGGCGCUUAUGAACAAGUUCGGUUUCCAGUGGCCAGAGCGCUUGAGAUGUGAAAAUUUCCCCGUGUUGGGUGACGGACACAUUUGCGUGGGUCAGAACGACUCCACGGCCACAGUGUCGCCCGUUCACAUGCCUGUUCCAGGAACACCCGGAGUUCAUCUGUAUUCGACGCCAGACAAGCCAUUCCGCUGUCCGUCAGUGCUCAAAGUCCCGUCCUACCUCAGCUACAAGUUCUUGGGUGAGUUGGACUGUGGUGCUCCAUGUGAGUCCUCCAAAACGCACGGGGCCUAUAUGUUCUUCACAGACCAGGAGAUUGAAUUUGCCCGGAUUUGGAUUCUCAUCUGGUCCUCUCUUUGCUGUGCCUCCACAUUAUUUACUGUAACUACAUAUUUAGUGGACAUGCAGCGUUUUAAAUACCCUGAGCGCCCUAUUAUUUUCCUGUCUGGUUGCUAUACCAUGGUCUCCAUUGCAUAUAUUGCUGGCUACUUCGUAGGGGAUAAAGUUGUGUGCAAUGAGAGCUUUUCCCCAGAUGGCUAUAAAACCAUUGUUCAGGGUACAAAAAAGGAAGGGUGUACCAUUCUUUUCAUGAUGCUGUAUUUCUUCAGUAUGGCCUCCUCUAUUUGGUGGGUCAUCCUGUCACUUACCUGGUUCUUGGCUGCGGGUAUGAAAUGGGGCCAUGAGGCGAUUGAAGCCAAUUCACAGUACUUUCACCUGGCUGCCUGGGCCGUUCCAGCCGUAAAGACUAUUAGUAUACUGGCCAUGGGGCAGAUUGAUGGAGAUGUGUUAAGUGGUGUCUGCUUUGUGGGCCUUAAUAAUCUGGAUCCACUGAGGGGCUUCGUGCUGGCCCCCCUCUUCAUCUACCUCUUCAUUGGCACCUCCUUCCUCCUCGCCGGCUUUGUGUCACUCUUUCGCAUUCGCACCAUCAUGAAGCACGACGGCACCAAGACAGAGAAGCUGGAGCGUUUGAUGGUUCGCAUAGGUGUCUUUUCGGUUCUCUACACCGUCCCAGCUACCAUCGUCAUAGCCUGCUUUUUUUACGAGCAGGCCUUCAGACAGCACUGGGAAAGGAGUUGGAUCAGUACAAACUGUAGGAGCCUGGCCAUUCCCUGCCCCAUGCAGCCAGCUUCGCACAUGACUCCCGACUUCACUGUCUUUAUGAUCAAGUACCUCAUGACUCUUAUUGUGGGAAUCACUUCCGGGUUCUGGAUCUGGUCUGGAAAGACGCUGCAUUCUUGGAGGAAGUUCUACACACGUUUGACCAGUGGUGGGCAAGGGGAGACCACAGUGUGAAACAGCAAUUAUUGAAAUAGAAUCUGUUUAAAUCUCACAAAUAAAGUGCCUUCAAUUGUCAAUAUUUUGAAAGCAAUUAUACUUGCCUUUUUUCCCAUAAGUACUGAACUUCAGACCUUCUGAGACUUUUGGGUGAGUUUUGGGACUCUCAAGUGGAAAUAGAAGUGGAAAGUAAACCACAUGUUUUCCCCAAAUAAUUUGAUACCAAGUGCAGAAAUAAUUUACACCACUAUUCUGUUGCCCCCAUGAUUUUUCUCAUAAGCUGCUGGCCUUAAAACUUCUACUUGGAAAGUGAGAUACCAGCUGGGAAUUCAACAAACGACAAAGCUAAAAGAGCUGUGGGGGGGAGGAAAGAUUGAAAGGGGAUGGUUUGUCAUCUAAUACAGCAGGCAGUUGUGUUAAAUGUAAUUAAAACAUUGUAAAUAAUAUUUAUAAAAGGCUGUUUUAAACUUUAUUAUAUAUUUGUAUUUAAGCAAAUGUAAUGAUUUGUUUCCAAGUUUGAUACUCCUCCUUAGUAUCAAGAAUUUGAUUUGUUGAUACUAGUCUCUCUCUCUCACUCUCUCUCUCUUUCUCACUCUCUCAAUUUAAAUUUUCAAAGUACUUUAUUGGCGUGAUUGUGUUUACAUAUAAUAUACCAAGUGAGAUGAUCUCUCUCUCUCACAUCAGAUAACUGUACUCAUGUUUGUCCCUCUGUUUUGUAUUAAAGUUGCUGUACAUAAUAAGCUCUCCUCUCUAUCUCUCCUAAACCUUAUGCAGUAGAAGUGACAGCUAACCGUUAUUCACAUAUGUGACCCAUCUGUAUGUAAUUGCCUGUAAUUUAGAUUUCCAUGAGAUCCUAGACCAUGUGUAUCAGAGGGUCACAGUUCAGAAUGAGUUUGGAAUUGAUGUUCGUGUGUGUGUGUGUGUGUGUGUGUGUGUGUGUGUGUGUGUGUGUGUGUGUCUGUCAGAGAGAGAGUAAGUUUAAACAGACCUUAUUU